GGGAGAAUCAGUUGUUCAGGCCACCUGAUGGUUCAGAGUAUCCCUGUUCGGGGCCGAAUAUCAACAAUUCAGCCUCACAGGACACGACCCCGGGUGCCAGAAGGAGACAAAGAAGCAGUUCAAGAACGCUUUUUCAGGCCAUACUUUCUACAGGCUCCAGGUGACAUGGUAGCACAUGAAGGGCGACUUUGUAGGUUGGAUUGUAAGGUGAGCGGGUUACCGACUCCAGAGCUGACGUGGCUUCUGAACGGCAAACCUGUGCUACCAGAUGGCACCCACAAGAUGCUGGUCAGAGAGACUGGAGUUCACUCUCUGCUUAUUGAUCCUCUCACACAAAAUGAUGCUGGAACUUACACCUGCCUUGCCACUAAUAAAACAGGACAAAAUUCAUUUAGUCUGGAGCUCACGGUUGUAGGUAAGAAUAACUAA